CCCACGAUGUCACGAAUCUCUCUCAUCAUUCCGUUUUUACAAGCUUUAUCAUCGAUCCAGCAAGCUAUAGUAGAUAUUUAGAAUAGUAUACAGGAAUGGGAAACUGUUGUGCGACGGAGUCGUCUUGGGGUGGUGAUGAUUGGGGUUCUUUGUCAUCGAAAAGAAGGAGUAUGAGUUCGGGGAAGGUGUUUGAUGAAGUUCACGAGGCGAGUUUGGAUAAGGUGGAGAAGGAAAAGCUGUUGGGUGCGCUGAGAGCUUCUUCUGAUGCCAAUGGGAAGGUGAAGAUCAAGAUCUCGAAGAAGGAGCUGGCACAGUUGUUGGGAGGGAAAGAGAGUGGUAAGCAUUUGGGUGAAGAAGGACACGCUUCAGCGGAACAGGUUCUGGCUCGUUUGAUUCACGCAAGAGAUCAUUCGAGUAACGAGUACCAUGAUGUUCAUCAUAGACCUUGGAGACCUGUGCUUCAAAGUAUACCUGAGUUGAAUUAGUUAAAGGUGGUCGGGUGUGUCGAGUAGAGGUUGAGAUUUAGGUGAUUUUUUUAUUUGUUUUCCAUGUUUUCAGCUUGUGUUUUUCUUCUAUGGUUGGGAAUGUGUCAUUUGUAUAUUCGUCGUUCCGCGAGUGAAACUUUGGAAAACUGAAAAUUGUAGAUUUUUGAGUUUCUUGUAACUCACUAUUUUACUGCAUUAUUGUAUAUUAAUAGUUUAUGGUGUAUGUAACUAUAUAUAUGGUUUUAAUAGGGAUUAUUGAUAAGUGAACCGAAUCAAGAAGUUUCGUGUAUUCAUCAACCAUGACGCGUCCAGAAGAUAUAAUCUGGCUGUCUUUUUUGCUGUUU